UGCUGUUCAACUUGUUCUUUGCCGCGAUGCUCAUGGUCGCCGUGGCCGAGUUCGACAAGGACCCCAAGGUGACGGCGGACAUGGUCAAGAUCGGGACACAAGUGGAGUACACGGGCAAGAAGGGCAGGUCGGCGGAGAGGAAGACGACGGUGGUGACGGACGCGGAGGCCUUGUGGGCCAUGCUCUACGCUGACGACGCGGCCAUCGUCUCGCGCUCGCCGGAGAGUCUCGAGAAGAUGAUGUCGGUCAUCGUGCGCGUGGCCGGCCUGUUCGGACUGAUGGUAUCGGAGCCAAAGACGGAGAUCAUAUGUAUGCUGCCGAAAGGGAUCGAGGAACGCCCGUUCACGGUCAGCGCCGCCGGCCAGACGUACAAGCAGACAGAUCGGUUUGUGUACCUCGGACGUACCAUCUCCGCGGACGGGAAGGCCGACCGGGAGAUCACGAGCCGCAGCUGCCGAGCGUGGAAGUGCUACCGCCGGAACAGUGCUUCGAUGUACGACAGGCGACGGGCCAACCGCCAGCUCAAGAUCCGGCUACUCCAGGCUGAAGUGGUGGAGACUCUCCUGUAUAGGUGCGCCUCUUGGAGCCUGGCAGCGGAGUACUACACGUAGCUCAAUGGGACCCACCGCCAGUUCCUUACACGGUACAUUGGCUGGAGCAAGCGGAAACGCUCAGACCGCCCCCUGUCCUAUGCCAAGUUCCAUAUCCAGGCCGGCUGCGAGGAACCAUCGAGGCCACCGUGCGCAAACGGAGACUGUGUUUCGCGGGCUUUGAUAUGCGCAUGGAGGACAGCCGCCUCCCCGAGCGCAUGCUGUUAGGAGCGAUGGCGGGGGGCGUGGGAUACCGGGCGGGCAGGAGAUCGACUGGGUGUCUCGUCUAGGAGAGGCCCUCGUGGCCUUCAACAUGGGAGACGAAAAGGAAGGGGGGUAAAUGGAAAGAGAGCGCCAAGGACCCGGAGGUGUGGUACAACACGGUCGAGGACGGGACGGCAUGGUUCAUGAUGAAAUGGCACAGGCAG